AAGCUGUGAAUUGUUCAAGGUUCUUUGAUACGCACAUGUACAAAGUACAUGAGUGCGUCGUGUAGCACAUGGGACGAUUCGCAGCGCACCUUGUCCUCCUACGACGUGGAGCCAACAAAUCGGGCGAGGAGGCUUCAAGCAGCAGCUGCGAGUCUGCCGAGCAGCACUUGCAGAUUUUGCUGCAAAAACGCAGUCGAAAGGUCUUGCAGGGCUUGACAUAUGGCUUCUUCGGUGGCAGUCUCCACCUUGAUGAGACGAUCCUCAGCUGCGAUGAAACGCAGCCAGCAGAGGUGCGCUGCGCAGCUCGGCUGCGUGCGGCACUUCGCGAGGCAGCUGAGGAGGGCGGCGCCGGGCGUGGCCCAGAGCUCUCCGCUGUGCUCUUACCUGAGCUUGCUGGAGUGAAUCGAACUUUGCCAGCUGAAAAGGUGCCAGGGGCUCGUCUUCCAAGCACUGUGGUCCAGCUCUUGUCUCAAGCCGAGUUGCCGCCUAUGGUCACCUGCAAAGUGGGCGAAUAUAUGCACUACUUUGUCUUUCAUUUGAUGGAAGGAGUUGUCGCCGAAGAAUGGAUUCCUCGGGCACAAGCAAAGCAUCGAUGGGAAGUUGAGGAAGAAGCAAGCGAAACUCAUUUUGGAUACCGAUGGGUCACACUUACAGAUUGGGGGCCUGCUCUUGGAGGCGGGCAGCUUUGCAGUUGGGUGAAGGCCUUGUUUCAUCAUGAGAGACGGCGGGCAGACUUCUUGUCCGCAGUGGAGCUUCUUACGGGGCAUUGCCUCGUAUCCCAAGAGAACAAGAGCGUGAAAUACACCAGAAGAUCCGAGUCAAUGGAACGAGCUCCGCCAGUGCCUCCGCCAAGGCCAGAUAGGACAGAGAAGCCGCAAAAACCACCGGAGAAGCUGGCCGAUGACCUGCAAGCCUGGCUUGCACAGAUCCUACAUGGCUUUGCACACAUGCCAUUCCAUGGGAACAAUAGGCGUGAUGAGCUUGCAGCAUCUUUGAGUUGCAGAUGGGUUGUGGAUUGCCAAGAAGUUGCAGCGGUUGAGCCUAGAGAGACAUACAAACAGCUGAUGCCAAAUUCGGACAGUGCUGAUGCUUUUCUGUGCUUUCAUGGCACCUCAAAGGUUUCAUGCCAGCAAAUCGCGGUUUCAGGUUUUGAUCCUUCAAGAAGAUCGCCUUCACUUGGAAAGAUUGUGCCUUAUCUAAUUGGCGAGUAUUUGACCUCCGACCCAACGGUAGCACUGAAAUAUUCGCGCCAGAAGGAGAUUCACAAUGACACACUGAGCAUUCUGGUCGUGCAGGUGCCCAACCAGAAUUUUGAGAUGCGGAAUGGGGUAUGGUUCCAACACAAAUUCAAAGAAGAUGGUGAAGGAAGCAGCAAGCUUCCCGGUGUCGAUUUUGCUCAAUCUACUACAAUGGUGUGUGAAGAUGAGCGCGCACUACUCCCCAGAGCUAUUUUGACCUUUAGGCCCUCCAAGUGUAUCACGAAAACCAGUUCUGCCAUGGCCACCUAUGAUGUCGGCGUUGCUCCACAAGGAAAAUCCUCUAACAAUUGGCGAAGAUUCGAAGCAGCUUUGCCGAAGGCAGUCCUUUUUGAUCUCGAUAUGACUUGUUGGCCAUAUACAUUGGGAUCCGAGUCGUUUGGGCCGCCGUACACACCUAUGCUGAAAGAAGUUGGGGCCACCGACUGCCGUGGCAGGCCUUUGCGCGUUUGUAGGGACAUACCUGAGAUCUUUCGAACACUGCACAAGGCAGAGAUUCCGAUUGUUCUUUGCAGCCGCAGUAGUGUUCCGAACUGGUGCAUGGACUUCCUGCAGAACUGUCCAUUGAACCCGAAGGUCGAUGACACCAAAGUCAGUGAUGUGAUAUCAGAAGCUUCUGUCAUUCGUCCUGCAAUCAAAAAGAUCGGGCAUUUCAGAGAGAUCCGACAGCACUUUGAUGUCCCAUUUCAUCAGUUGUUGUUCUUUGACGAUGAUCAACGAAACUGUGAGGAUGGCCGACGCUUGGGCAUCAGAUGCAUGAGGGUGCCGCGGAAUGGGUGGGGAGUCACGAUGGAAGUCUUUUCAGAAGGAAUGCGCAUGUUCUCUGCAGCUGCGCCAAGCUUGGCUCCCGAACAAGCAGCAGCCUCGUCAAGCGCACUCUCUGCAACCGCCCCGUCAUUUGGUACUGCAUCCAAUCUUGCAAGUAGCGCUUCUCGAAAUGAGUCGGAGUCUGUUGCAGAUACUUCGCACAGGAAAGCCUCCAGAAAUGAAGCAAAGCCUUCACCUCUUUCAACCCCACGAAUGAAAUCAGGUGAGCCUCAGGGUCCUUCAGGCUCACCUAUGAAAGGAUUGGAUGCAAACUGUGCCGAUUCCAAGGAUUCCAAUUACAAAGAUAGCUUGCAAACUGUGCCGCGCCCACUUUGGGCUCGGACAAGCCCAUCCUAGCGUAAUGGUUCGUUAGUAUGGGUUGAAUUCAUGAACGCUCACAGUCAUUGGCGAUGUUUGCCUUGGCACGUUCUUGGAGAGCAGAUUUUUGACGUUUUGGGCAUUGCAAGACAAAGGAUUUGCUUGCUUGCCCACAUUUUGUGAGAUUAGUUUGCAAAAGCAAACGUUCAUGGCUGGUUUAAAGCCAUAUCCAAUCUCAAUCCG